AAAAUAAGAAACCAGUAAUCCAUUGGUGCUCGCGCAUUCAACAUGUACAAAACGUUGUUCGUCAGUUCGGUUCUUUGGACAUUGUUGGUAUCUGACACCUUGGCGAUCGAAGGUGUCAAGGGCCGUCACGUUCAUCACGAUCGACCGAGUCCUGUCUUGAACAGCACCGUGCAGGCUGGACUUUGCUACAAGAGGAUACGCUACGCGGAUGCGUUAGCAUUGAACGCCACGGGUCAGUUCCCUCACAACACACUUCCUUCGACACCGCAAGAAGGCACGAAAGGUGGAUGGAUCACGAUCCUAGAUUGUUGUGACGGCUACGAACGUAGCUCCACUUCCGGCGAUUGCAAUCCUCGCUGCAUCGAUGGAUGUUUAGGUGGAGAAUGCACUGGACCAAACGUAUGCACCUGUUCUCCAGGCUGGAUUGCACAGAAGGGCGUGUGCGUGCCCUCUUGCGAACAACCAUGCCAAAAGGACGCCUAUUGCUUCUCGCCGAACGUGUGCACUUGUAAAUUAGGCUACGAAGAAGAGAACGGCAACUGCAAGCCUAUCUGUCCCGGUGGCUGUAAAAAUGGCGAGUGCGUGGCACCUCGAGUAUGCAGAUGCAGAGAAGGAUACGUGAUUCAACCUUCGCCCGAAGGUUUCACUGGGAUCGAGGGCAAAGAGUGCGUACCCGUUUGCGAAAAUGGUUGUCGCAACGGGGAAUGCACUGCUCCUGGAGUGUGCACUUGUCAGGAAGGGUACGUUAAUCCUUCGGGUGAUACGGAGUCCUGUGUGCCCAGCUGUCCUUCUGGUUGCUCCAAUGGCGAAUGCAUCGCGCCUAAUGUCUGUAAAUGUAAACCAGGCUUUACGCUCGAUUCGACCAACAGAUGCGUUCCAGAGUGUCCUCAAGGCUGCAUCAACGGAGACUGCAUCGCACCCAGUGUCUGUAGUUGUAAACCAGGCUUUACCCUCGAUUCCACCAACAGAUGCGUUCCAGACUGUCCUCAGGGUUGCACCAAUGGCGAAUGCGUAUCUCCAGGUGUCUGUAAAUGUGUAUCAGGCUUUACCCUCGACUCAACCAACAAAUGCGUUCCAGAGUGUGUUCAAGGUUGCACAAAUGGCGAAUGCGUAGCUCCUGGAGUCUGUAAAUGUAGACCAGGCUUUACCCUCGACUUCACCAACAAAUGCGUUCCAGAGUGUGUUCAAGGUUGCAUCAAUGGCGAAUGUGUAGCUCCUGGAAUCUGUAAUUGUAGUCCAGGUUACGUUUUAGAUGGCAAUAGGAACUGUGUCCCAGAUUGUCCACAAGGCUGUGCGAAUGGCGUAUGCGUUACACCAGGCGUUUGCAAGUGUAACCUUGGCUUUUCCCAUGACUCCAAUGGCAGAUGCGUCAACGCGCAAUCCGAGUCGAAAAUCUCUGAUUGUCAGUUCGAUUGCGGUCCAAACGCCAGGUGCGUAGGUCCCAACAGAUGCUCGUGUAACCUAGGAUACCGCUUGGACCCAGAUACCAGGAGAUGCAUUCCGUUGUCCAAUUCCUUCGAAUGCAGAAACGGUUGUGGCAUCAACGGCUUUUGCGCCGGUCCUGACAUGUGCAUCUGCAACUACGGAAUGCCCGUCGAUCCUGUCACCGGAAGGUGUCCUGACUUACAGCCCCACCAGCCAACCCAGUCACAGUGCCAACCCGACUGCGGGCCAAACGGUAGUUGCGUUGGUCCCAAUCGUUGCGUCUGCAACUUUGGAUACAUAGUCGAUCCCGACACUGGAAGAUGCAUUCCUCAAAGGGGAACCACGGGAGAGGCUAUGUGCGAACUGCCGUGCCUCAACGGAGAUUGCACCGGCUUUAAUCAGUGCACGUGCAAACGUGGCUACAUCUUGAGUCCUUCCGACGUUACUCGAACGAGAUGCGUACCAGUAUGCAUGGGUGGAUGCCAUAAUGGCGUUUGUACGGCGCCAAACAUGUGCAUCUGCAAUCCUGGUUACAGGAAAGAAGCUGGCGUCAAGGGCAGGCAGAGAUGCGUCCCUGUUUAAUUUGUUUCUUCGUUCUAUUUCUUCGUUGUGUGCCGUAUAGUCAUAGAUAUAUCCGAGUAAAGUAUGUACGAUCCUCAGUUAAUAGAAGCGUUUUUUCAUUCGCACAAAUUUUCCAUACCAAUUAUCAAGCUAUGAAAAAUAAAAUUUUCUAAUUGUUUAAUUUAUAUUAUAAUAGUGGAAUUAUUGUAGCAACCGUCGAAGACUUUUCCGACGAAGAUCAUAUAAAAUAUGACCGUAUUUGAACAAAUCCGAGUUACAUGGAUGAUAGGCGAUUAGAAGAUGGUCAUUAGGCGAGACCGUUUCGCUCACACUCAAUGUUUCCCACUCGUAUCUUUGAGGUAUCUAAGAAAUAAGCGGGCUCAAGCGAAAUAACAGUCGAUCAUUUGCUCGCUUAUACAGUACCUACCUCGAUAACAAACGCGUAGUAAAUCCGAAUGUAUAUCUUACUGUAUACCGAACUGUAUGAUUGCAAAUGUAUGCGUGUGUCGUAGUUGAUACGAAGCAGCGAUUCGAGAAUGUCCUCGGCACUAGCCUUCGAUUGUACAGUGUCUUUUAAUCUUUGUACGAUUAUUUGUGAAUAAAACAGAUAUAUACGGAAA